AUGGCAGACACCUACCGCGACGAUGCGAGCGAAAGCGAUAGCGCCGUCUUAGCACUCCUGGGCAAGAAACAAGUGCUCAAGCGCCGCUUUUCGUUCGUGUCGAUGUUUGGGUUUGCGGUCUGCGAGCUCAUCACGUGGGAGACUGUGCUUGCCCUGUUCAGCCAGUCGUUCGAUAAUGGAGGGCCGGCGGGUGCGGUGUAUGGGUUUAUUAUUGCGUGGAGCUCGACGCUGUCGGUGUAUACUGUUAUUUCGGAGUUGGCGAGUAUGGCGCCGAUUGCUGGUGGUCAAUACUACUGGGUGUACAUGCUCGCACCAGACCGCUACAAGACCGUUUUCAGCUACGUAAUCGGCUGGCUCACAUCCCUCGCCUGGAUCGCCACGGUAGCCACCGAGACGCUGUUCGCCGGCACCAUCAUCCAAGGCAUCAUUAUCCUGGACCACCCGGACUACGUGGGCACACCAUGGCAGGGUACUCUCCUCACUUGGGCCGUCAUCCUCGGCUGUAUCCUCAUCAACGUCGUUCUCCCCAGCCUCCUGCCCAAGUUCGAAGUCUUCAUCCUUGUCUUUCAUCUCGCCGGUUUCGUGGCGAUCAUCGCGACUCUCUGGGCCAUGACGCCGGAAUACUCGCCUCCGGCCGAAGUGUGGGCGACCUCGCGGAACGAAGGCGGAUGGCCUACGCAGGGCCUGUCCUACUGCGUCGGCUUCCUAGGCAACGUCGCGACUUUCGUCGGCGCAGACGCGAGCGUGCAUUUAGCGGAGGAGGUUUCGAACGCAGCGAAGAACAUCCCGAGGGCGAUUUUGGGAUCUAUGUUGAUCAACGGCGCUGUGGGCUUCGUCACUAUGGUCACGAUCCUCUACUGCCUUGGGGAUAUUGAGAGGGUGGCCAAUUCAGCGACUGGAUACCCCUUCAUCCAAAUCUUCUACGACAGCACGCGCAGCAUCCCGGGCGCCACCGUCAUGGCCGCCGUUGUCCUCAGUCUCACCUGGGCCUGCGCUAUGGGCAUCACCACCACCGCCUCGCGCAUGACGUGGUCGUUCGCCCGCGACAACGGCCUCCCCGCUUCCAAAUGGCUAGCCAAAGUCGACAAGCGCACCAAAGUCCCCGUCAUCGCAUGUCUGACUGUUACCGGGAUAGCGGCGUUGCUGACGCUGAUUUAUAUCGGGUCGGAGACGGCGUUUAAUGAUGUGAUCAGUUUGACGAUCACGGGGUUCUACGGGUCGUACUUCUUGCCUGCUUCGCUGCUGCUGUAUCAUCGGGUGAAAGGCAACAUCCUGCCUCGUGGGACCGAGAUCGCCCCCGAAACCUCCACCCCAGACCACAACUCCAACAACGAAACCUCAACCCGCGCACCACCAACCGAAAAGUCCUCCCACGAAAAGGACUCCCCCACCGCCGACACCUCCCCAGACGUGGCAAACGGCCUCCUCCUCCCCACCGCCCCUCUAAUCUGGGGCCCCUGGCACCUGCCCUCCCUCCUCGGCACGCUGAACAACGCCUACGCCUGCGUCUACAUGCUCUUCGUCAUCUUCUGGUCCGUCUGGCCACCUGACGCUGAAGUCACGGCGGCGAGCAUGAAUUACUCGGUCGUGGUGACGGGGGGCGUGAUGAUUUUGAGCACGGUGUGGUAUUUUGUCCGGGCGCGGAAGGUGUACAGGGGGCCGUUGGUUGAUGCGGAGGUUGCGAUGCAGGUGGAGAGGAGGGCGAGUGCGGUGAGUGUGGGAUAG